AUGGCUUCUUCGCAAUCGAAUGGAGGGAAUGGCGUAUACUCCCCAGGUAAAUCUUCUUUCCCUCAUCCAAUCCCUCCACUCCCCUCCCCUCCAUACAUACCCCCAGCUCAGCUCACUAAUGUCUCCCCCCUCCCAGAACUCCGCCUCCACCACUUCCAACGCAGCAUCACACUCUCCCUCUUCCUCUGGCCGUCACUCUCCCUCGCCGUAACCUCUUCAUGGGGCGGACCCACCUCCACCUCCAAACGCGAAUGGUUUGCCGGCACCCUAAUCGACCUGCUAUCAUCCCCCGAAAACUACGACGUAGACGCUGAAUGGAUCGAAGAAUUACUAUUGCAAGUCAUGGAGGAUGAAUUUGAAGUGGUGGUUGAUGAUGGGUCAGCGGCGGAAGUGGCAAGGGGGUUGAUUAAAUGUAGAGGGGAAUGUGAGAGGGGGGUUUGGGGUGAGGAAAAUAGUUUGUGUAAGAGGUUGGAGGGGAAGUGGGGGGAGACGGGGGGGAAGGAGUUGGGGUUGGGGGGGUUUAGGGAGGGCGAGGAGCAGGGGGAUACGGAUGGGGAGGAUAGUGGGGAUGGGGAGAGUGGGGAUGAGGAGGAUGGGGAUGUAGAGAUGGAGAUGAAUGAGGCGCCACAGUUGGUGAGGGCCAGGGAACCGAUUGUGCCAGAGGUGGAUGAGGAUGGGUUUACGAAGGUUACUAAGAAGAGGAGAUGA